CCAAGUCCGCGACCUUCAGGUGGGUCUCGACCUCAAUCGUCACGCCCACGGAAUGUUGGCUAAUCUGAGGGUACUAAAGAUCUGACGCGAGUCUAAUUUGGCUACUUUUAAACAGUUUUCGCGAGUUAAUUUUUUUAGUGGGUUAAAUAUGGUAGGAUUUUGAUCGUUAGUAGUUGGGUAUUUGGGCUGUGAAUCGUCAUCGGAAUGCUUUUGGGUUAGUUUUUAAUGGACAUUGGGCUGGUUUUGUUACGCAUCUGGCAACCCACGCAGCCGCGCGCACAGAAGUUCAGGUGACGGUGCGUCAUUGAGAUACGCUAUAAAAUUAGCGAAACUAAGUUUUAGCUGUUGUUGGGUUCCUCCUGUAAAAUGGCAGAAGCAAGUGUUCCUUUGACUCAGGAUCAGUUCAUCUGUUCAAUCUGUCUGGAUCUGCUGAAGAAACCUGUGACCAUUAACUGUGGACACAGUUACUGUAUGAUAUGUAUUAAACACUACUGGGAUCACCAAAAGAGAGUAUACAGCUGCCCUCAGUGCAGACAGACCUUCACUAAAAGACCUGUUUUAGGUAAAAACACCAUGCUGGCUGAAGUGGUGGAGAUACUGAAGAAGACUAAACGAAAAGCUGCUAAUUCUGAUCACUGUUAUGCUGAACCUGGAGAUGUGGAGUGUGACGUCUGUACUGAGAGAAAACACAAAGCUGUCAAGUCCUGUCUGGUGUGUCUGAACUCUUACUGUCAAAAUCAUCUUGAACGUCAUGAAGAACUUCACUCUGGAAAGAGACACAAAAUGACUGAUGCCACUGGACGACUACAGGAGAUGAUCUGCCCUCAACAUGAGAAACUGCUCGAGAUUUACUGUCGUACUGAUCAGCUCUUUAUUUGUUAUCUGUGUAUGAUGGACAAGCACAAAAAUCACAAUACUAUAACAGCUGAAGAAGAGAGGACAGAGAAACAGAAACAACUGAUAGAAACACAGAGAAAAUACCAGCAAAGAAUCGAGGAGAGCCAGAAGAAGCUUCAGGAGCUGAGAGAUGCUGUGGAGACUCAUAAGCGCUCUGCACAGACAGCAGUGGACGACACUGAGAGGAUCUUUACUCAACUGAUCCGAUCCAUUGAGAGAAGACGAUCUGAGGUGACACAGCUGAUCAGAGAUCAGGAAAAGACUGCAGUGAGUCGAGCUGAAGGACUUUUGAAGCGACUGGAGCAGGAGAUUGAUGAUCUGAGGAGGAGAGACGCUGAGCUGGAGCAGCUUUUACUCACAGAUGAUCACAUACAUUUCCUCCAGAGUUUCCAGUCUCUCUCUGUUCCUCCUGGAUCUACAGAUUCACUCAGCAUCACUGUCAGUUUUUUCAGCCAUUUUGAUGAUGUAGGAAAAUCUGUGUCUCAUCUGAAAGAGAAACUGGAGGAUUUCUGCAGAGAAGAGUUUGAAAAAAUAUCAGAUAGAGUAUCAAACAAUAAUAUAAUUGAGCCCCAAAUCAGGAAGGAGUUCCUACAAUGUUCCUGUCAAUUCACAAUGGAUCCAAACACGGUACAUCAACAUCUGUGUCUGUCUGAGGAAAACAGAGUGAUUACUUGCACUAAAAUAGAUCAGCAUUAUCAUGAUCAUCCAGAAAGAUUUGAGCUUGAUCCUCAGGUGUUGUGUAGUGAGAGUGUGAGUGGAUGCUGUUACUGGGAGGUUGAGUGGAGUGGUGAGGUGUUUAUAUCAGUGUCAUAUAAGAGCAUCAGCAGGAAAGGAUGGGGUAAUGAGUGUGUGUUUGGGUGUAAUGAUCAGUCCUGGAGUUUGUGCUGCUGUGACACCAGUUGUUCAUUCUGGCACAAUAACAUUGAGAGUAAACUCCCAGUAGUGCUCAGAUCUUCUAGAAUAGGAGUUUAUGUGGAUCACAGUGCAGGAUCUCUGUCCUUCUACAGCGUCUCUGACACAAUGACCCUCAUCCACAGAGUCAACACCACAUUCACUCAACCUCUCUAUCCUGGGUUUAGAUUUACUUAUGAUUUGAGACUAUCAAAAGUAAAACUCUGUGAAAUGGACAGUGUAGCUGAUAAAACGUUUUAAAGAUCAACUAUCGUCCGAUUGAUGAUUUUACACAUCCUUUGGUGUGUUAGUAUUAAUUAGUACAUGUUAACGAUAUGCAGAAGGUACAUACAUCAAGGUAAAUGAUGACGCAAGUUAUCGCUUCCAACGUAAAUCUCUUUUCUUGGACUACAACAAACACAACAGUGUUGUAGACAACAGUUUACUUUCUUGGACAAGAUCGUAUCAUAAUUCCUCCCUCCUGGACUCGCACAGCCUGCACAGCAAAAUCGGGAACCUCAGAAUAACUCUAUAAGAGUUAAUUUCAACACUUUAAAAGUGUCUCAUGGGGUCCACUCCCAAUAGAGUUAUUUUAACACUUUUGAAAGUGUUGGCACAUUGACACUAUACAGAGUUAAGAAUCUAACUAUAAAUUGACACUAAUCAGUGUUAAUUUUUUUUUUUGUAAAAAAUUAACUCCCUAGGUGUAAUUUGUUAACUCCAAUGUAGUUUUAUAUUUUUUAAUACUAUGGUGUUAAUAUGGUAAAUGUAAAGACAGAAACAUACGGUACUUUUGGGACAAAUGUUUUUAUUUUUAAACAGUUUUUUUAAUGUAACAAUACAGCAGUAAAAUCUACCGUUCUCAUUAUAAAACUGUUACGUUUUUUUUUAAAUGCUAUCUGAUCAACAUUUAUUUAUGACAGAAAAAUUGUCCUCAAUGUGUCAUGCAUUUAAGUGUUCAUUAAAUUAACAUAUUAACAUCCGAGACAAAUAAAAAUCACAUUCCCAAUGUAUAACCAGUGUUGGGUAAGUUACUCAAAAAAGUAAUUAAUUACUAGUUACUAAUUACAUCUUCAAUCAUGUAAUUAGAUUACUUUACAAAUUACUCUCUUCAAAAAGUAUUUAAUUACUUAUUACUAAUUACUUUCUAAAUCCUAUUUAGUACAUGAUACAAGGAUAAGCUUGAAAUUGCUCGAAUAAAUAAUAUAUAAAAGUACAUCAAUUAUUCUGCUCCCACUUUAGGGUCCAAUUCUCUCUAUUAACUAACUGUUAACUACUUUUGCCUCAAUAUACUCCAACAACUAAUACUAAAGAAGUUAUACAUUUUAAGUAUUGGUAGAAAUGGGGAGGGUUAAGGAUGUAGAAUAAGGUUUUGCAGAAUCAGGCAUUAAUAUGUGCUAUUAAGUAUUAAUAAACAGCCAGCAUCUCAUUAAUAUUAAUGCUAAUAAUCAACCAGGUAAUAGUGAGAAUUGUAAACUUAAACCAUGUUAAAUCCACUUUUGUAUUAUAGUAUAUAUAAUUGUCCACACAGUAUUUAGUUACAUCAGAAGUAACUGUAAUUAGAUUACAAGAAAAAUAAGAGUAAUCCCAUACUUUACUUUUUCAAAGGAAAAGUAAUUUAAUUACAGUAACUAAUUACUUAUUAACUAGUUACACCCAACACUGUCUAUAACAACAGUACAGAUAUUUAUAAAUACAGUUUAUGGGAUGCUUCAGUUCAUACGAACAAGUUUGACUUAAUUUCAAUCCAAAAUCCAUGUUUGUCUUCACAUAACAGCAGAAGAUGAUGAACCAGUAGCUGUAAGGUCCUCAGUCAGACCUUCAGACUGGAUAUUGAAGUUUCUGUUAAUAAAACAAAAAUAAAAGGGAAAAAUGCAUUAUUAAAAUUUAGAAUUUACAUACAGAACACAUUACAAAAUACUUUGAAAAUAGUUAUACAUUUAUGUUUUGCACAAAAUACUCACUUUGUUAUAAAAUUGUUCUUCGUCUGAUGAAAUUUUCAUGUAGGCCUAUUUCUGCGCUCCUCCAAAGUCCCCAAAGCAAAUCUCCUGCACAAAUUAACGGAUUUAAAAAAAUUUUUUUUUAACUCAAACAGCAUAUAAAGCAAAAAACAACAAAAAAACUCCCCAAAACAUUAUGAUUAUGAAUUGCUCCAUCUGAAGCUAAGACCUAAACUCAGCUGCAGCAUUAGAUAAUGACAAUAACGCAUGACUCUUAAUGUUAAACUUGAUACUAACAGCAAUAUAAAACAUAACACCUCACAACUCUCAAAUGUUAUUGAUCAAAAUUUUAUUUAUUGAACAUUUACGUACCAUUUACAGUGAAAGAGAUGACCUUCUGCUUGAACUGCAUCAUCCAAAAACAUGGUUCUCUAUUUAACACCCUAUGAGUUAACAAACUCCACUAACAAAACACUGUAGGAGUUGAUUUUUUUAAAAAGUGGUAACACUCUGUUUUGACACCAACUCGUUAAAUAAAAUAGUUUUAACUCAAUCCAGUGUUAAAUUAACUCCGAACUCUUUAUAUUUCCAUUAACACCGUAAUUUUAACUCUGCUAAAUUUGCUGUGUGUAAGUUAACUCCUGUUAGCAUUGCAUUGUGAGCGAAUCUUUCAAACAUGGUAAGGAGCGUCACAUUUCCGGCUGACGUCAGAGGUAUUCAGGCCAAUCACAACUUACAGAUUAGCUGGCCAAUCAGGGACACAGAGCUUUUCAAAUCGAUGAGUUUUGUACAAAAUCAAUGUGUUUGAGGAUAUCUGGAGCUACAAAAAUAUGUACGCAUGUUGAAAAUAAUGUUGUUGUUGUUUUUUACCAUAAACCACGCAAAUAUAUUGUGUUAUACUUAAUAUACUUUAAUGUUUGAGUUCCAUGAAGAAUCUGUAACAUGAGAUGUUGUAGAGUUUGUUAUUUUCCAAUCGAUAAGUUGAAGUCAUGUUAUUAAAAUAAUAGUAUUAAAUUUGUAUUGUAAUGUUAAAGUAAGAAAAACUUUGAAUGUUAGAUGUAGGAAUACAAUAUCAUAAAUUGCCACCAACAGCACAGAUACUUGUAUUGCUACUUGUUACUUGACUGGGCCAAUAAAUAAUUUUUACAAAUGUAAAUACAACAAAUGAAAACAAGACAGACAUUGUAUUGUUUUACAUAAAACAUUAAUUUGCUCACUUAAAGGGGCCAUGGCAUGGAAAUCUGACUUUUUCCAUGUUUAAGUGCUAUAAUUUGGUCCCCAGUGCUUCUAUCAACCUAGAAAAUGUGAAAAGAUCAACCCAGUAACUUAGUUUUGGUAAACCA